AUGAGUAGGCUUUUCUUUCAAGAUUUUCUUUCAUCUAGAACUAGAUCUAUGUAAGAGAGAAAGAAGAUUGUAAAAACACAACAAGAAUUAGAAAGAAUAAGUGAAAGAAAAAUAAGUGAAACAUUAAAAUCUAACGAACAUAUUGUUGAGGAGUUAAGACUCUAUAAAAUGAAACUAGAGAAAUAAGUUCAAGAAUAUUAAUAAAAAGUAUUGCAUAUAUGAAAUCUAGAAUUUAGAAUUGGUUGAAAAACUAUCAUAUUUAGAAGUGCAAAAUACUACACUAUAAUAUGAAUUGGAAACCUCAAGAUUGAAAUUAGAAACAAUUACAAAUGCUUAAUAAUCAUCAUCUGCAUAAUAAAUUAAUCUAUUGAAGGAAUAAGUUGAUUCAUUAAUUAAAUAUAAAACUGAGAGCGAAACAUAAAAGUCAUAAGUACUAACAUUAAAGAAUGAGAAUGUAAACUAUUAGAAAGAUAUUAAAGAAUUAAUAGAAACAAAUACACAAAUUAAGUCAUAAUAUUCAAGUAUAAUAAAAGAAAAUAAGAGAUGUUAAUAAUAGUUAGAGAAUAGUUAAAAUGAAUUCUAAAAAUUAUCUGAAAAGGUAUUAUAUACAUUUUAGAAUGUAGUUUAAUUAAUUUGAAGCUAUGUAUCAUAGUAAAAUUAAAUAUUAUGAAGAAGUUCAAAAAUAAUUCGAGUUAGAAUAAUAAAGAGAAAAGUUUUAAUAUUAAGAGUUGGUUAGAGAGUUACAUCUAUUGGAAAAUGAAAAUUAAUAAUUAUACAAAUAAUUGUAACUUAAUUAAUACGAAAAAGAAGAGAAGGGAAAAAAGAUUUAAGAUGAAUAAAAUUAGUUAAAAUUGGAAUUACAAAAAAUUUAAGAUGAAAAUAAAAUAUUAGAAAAAUCUCAUAGAACUUUAAAAAUAGAAAAAAAAGUUAUAUAUGAUAAUUAGAAUUAAAUCAAAUAAAAGAUUAAUAAGUUGGAAUAGGAUUUAAAUUAGAAAGAAUAAACAAUAAAAAAAUAGGAAUAAGAAUUACAGGAAAAAGUUCUAAUAAUUCAUUAGCUUGAAAAUAUUGCAUAUGGUUUAAAAUAGAGUGCUUAGGAGGGUAAAGAAAAUACAAAUUAAACUUUGUUACAAUAUAAGGAUUUAAUGAAGGAGUGUGAUUAAUUAGAAUAAUAAAUUGCUAGAUUAGAAUAAGAUAAUGAUAUAGUAAAAAAGGAGUAUGAAUAAGCUUUAUAUGAAAUGAAAGAUCUCUAAUAAGAAAAUAGACAAUUAUCAGAGAGAAAUGCUUUACUUAUAAAGGAUAACUAGUAAAUAUAAAUUGAGAAUACAAAUUUAUAAAUAGAAAUCUAAAAUUUAAAUUAAAGAGUAAUAGAAUUAUAAUAAUAUGCAGUUGAAUUUUAAAAGGAAUUAAAAGAUCAUAUAGAAUAAUAAAGUAAAAUAAAUUAAUAAAGAUCAUUUUAAAAUUCUCAAUAUUUAUAAAACUCUGCUACUUUAAGUAAUCAAAGAAAUAGUUAUAAUUCAAUAUAAAGAGGUACAGAUGACUCAUAAGCUAUGGGGAAUUAAUCACCAUUAUCAAAUUAGACAACUACUGUGAAUCAAUUAAAAAAAUUAGUUAAAUAAUAAUGUGUAGAAGGGAAUCCUGGUUAUGGUUAAUAAUCUAUAGAGAACACAAAAAGACAUUAAGCUAGAACUGAUCAUUUUUCGAAUUCAAGCAAACUACAAACUGAUAGAUAAUUUGAUGAUCAUUCGAAAGAAAAUUGUUUAUAAAUCUUAUAGGAUAAAUAUUAUGCAUUAAGGAAUAGAAUUUAUGAAUAAAAAAAAUGA